AUGCAAAUUAUGAUAUUAACGAUGAUUCACGAGCAAAGCUUCCGAUGUAUGUAAACAUAGGAAAAAAAAUCGGAAAAAGUGCAUCAUCUAAGGAAAAGGAAAACCUUGUAAAACAGGAACCAAUAUGAUUAAAAUAGUAGAAUAAUUUGUGAAAAUAUAUUUCUUAUUAGGAGGAUAUACUAAUAACAGCAUUUAAUAAUACUCAAGUGUGAUAUGGACAUGAAAUAAGGAUUACAUAUUAGAGAGCUUUCAGAAAAGAAACACAAAAUGGGGAUCACAACUAGUAUUCACAAUGUAGACUGGUCAAGUGACUUCCUGCAAAUUCUGUUGAAACUAUUCAAGAAGGCACAAACAUCGAAAACUCGUUGCAUCACAAUGGCUGACUUUAUGGACUUCAACAUUACUGAAUUUAAUAUAUUUUAUACAGACUCCGCAAACUGGCUUGAUAAUUACAACUACACAUACGCUGAUGAUUACCAUGGCACUGAAUUUAGCUAUUCUGACAGGCCAGGACUUAUCCUUGGUAUUGUAUUAUGUGCGAUAACCAUACUAGCAAAUGUUGCAUCUUUGGUUGCACUUUGCUCGUUACGUCAAGGAUCUUCGAAUCGUGGGUUGAUCAUCAGUCUUUGUUUCUCAGAUGUCUUCACAGCAUUAAGCGUGGUUGGCAUGGAGAUUGAAAAUGCACAUUUUAAUCCGUUAUAUAGUUAUGGCGAGCCAGGCUAUCCAAGCAAAAUCUGCAUGCACAUGAUCCUGAAAGGACUACAGAUUUCUGCACAUAUUAUUUCAUUGUUCAAUUUACUGGGACUUGCUUUUGACCAUUAUAUAAAGAUUCUGAAGCCAAUGAAAUAUCAAACUUUAAUGAGCAGGAAGAGAAUGAGAUCAAUGCUUGUCUUCUUUUGGACAUCUGCCUUCAUUUUAGGCUUUUCUGAUUUUUGGAUAGCAACAAUAUCUACUUACCAUUUCUGCAAUGAGAAGUGCGAUCCAAUUGUCAACUACUGCGACAGAGUGUUUUGCUCUCGAUAUGAGCCAGAGUAUAUUAUGUUUGCAGUCACAUUCCUGUGCAUCAUUGUGAUGACGUAUAUCUACAUCUUAAUAUUCAUUCGUAUCCGACGAUACCAUAUAUUCACAAGAGAAAACUCAAACAAUACAGCUCGUAAUCAACGAGGUCUUGUCACAACAUUUCUUAUCGUAGCUACGUUUGUUGUAUGCUGGUUACCGUACCUUUUAUUCACAAUAACAAUGCUUAUUAAAAUGUACAGUACCAUAGAUAUGGCCCCCAUACUAGAGGUUUACAAAAUCUUCAAAAACAAUGAAUUCUACAUUUUUGACAUUGUCCUCGUAAACUCUAUUUGCGACCCUAUAUUGUAUGCGGUGCGCAUGAAAGAUAUUCGCAACCAAUACAAGACUCUUCUACAUAAAAUAGGAAUAUGCUCUCCAAGUCAUCUGAAUUCCUCGUCCUUAAAGCUUUCUUCCAAAAGCUUGGUUAAGGAUGGAAGUGUAAACAUGUCCAAAUUAUCUUCACAUAAAUCAAAAACAAACAGAACUGUAACUACAUGUAAUGAGCAUGUUCCAUUGGCAUAAUCAUAUUCCUUGAUGUGACAGAACAAAUAAUUUGGGACAGCACUGGACAGGAAUUAUCAAUGUCAGAUCAGGACGGGACCAAAUAAAAAUAUAAGUCUAAGAUCACAGUUUUCAUGCAUUUGAGUUUAGUUUUGUGGCCAUAUACAGAACAUCUAGGAUGUCCUGGACAAUGGACCAAAAACAUUUGGGACACAGGUGUUGUGCCAUGGUUUCCCAUCCAAAGACUGAGACAAUAUUGGAAACCAUGGCAUCUCUAGUAACGACACAUAUAAUAAGAGAAAGUGAUAUUGUGUAAUUAUGAACUUCAUAGAAACCACAGAUAAUAUGUUAUGACAUCACAACCUAGAGCCUAUAGAUUUUAACUGACAAUAGCACAUAUCAAAUUGCUUCAUUAUUUGUGAUAUCGAAGUUCAUAUUUUGUAUACAAUAUGAUGCUUGAAUUGGUUGCCACAGGUGAUUGUUUGUUGUAUCAUACAUGUUUGUGAUUGUUUUACAUGUGGACAUGACACAGUGUGUUGAUCCAUCAAAGCACAUGUACAAGAUACAAUUCUUAAGACCCCCCCCCCCCCCCCCACUUCAUACAACAAAAUUUUAGACUUGUCUAUUUAGAUAUUGAAAAUAUUUAACCUUUAAAAUGAUACAGUAUAGUCAAUGUACCAUAUAGAACAUAACUAUUUUUAUCCUGAUUUGAAGUUGGGUAUUGUU